AUGACUGACAACAAGCUGGAAACGCCCAUCAGGGGAACAUUUUGUGGACUUGUACAAAACCAGAUGUCGAACACGACUGCUCACGGAGUUCCACGAAUCGAGUCAUCGACGAAUCUAUUACGGAGACUAUAUUGGGUGGUCGUCUUCUUGGGCGGAGUGUCUCUCUUUCUUUGGCAGUGCUCGACAAUCAUUUCAAAAUUCUACGACCGAGAAACGACUGUUAAUAUCGACAUGAAGUUCAAGCCAAUGUUAUCUUUCCCAGCUGUAACUAUUUGUAAUUUAAAUCCCGUCAAGGUGAGCGCGUUGCUACAUGACCAGAAUCUGCGUGAUGUUUUUGGAUAUCCCAAAUCUGAGGGCGAAUCCGAUGACGGAUCUGGAGAAUCUGGAAUAAAACGCCGUAAAAGAGGUGGUGAAGCUUCUCAGUCCCCUGAUGCUACCCCACCCACCCUCCAAGACAAUUCCACUGCCAAUCCAAUUGAAGCAAUAACUAACAAAGAGUUCACCAUGCCGUACAAAGCCACGACGGAUACUGGAACUACGGCGGACUAUAGUAGGAACUGGGAAAGUAAACAUGUGGCGUUCAACGAAAAACGCGAAGGAUUUAAACUAAGAGAAAAAGUACAGAAUUAUAUGGCAUCAAAGGACUACGAAGACCGGUCUGCAUAUGGUCACAGUCUCAACGAUUUACUGUUCGAUUGUCUGAACCUCGAACUUUACAUUGAAGAGAAAGAGUACAUUUCCGAUUUACAAGAAAGCUCCGGAGUUCGUAUAGUUAUCCAUGAUCAAAAUGAGAUGCCAUUUCCGGAAGAUGACGGUUUCAUGGCCGCCCCUGGAUUCCUGACGUCUGUCGGGUUACGAAUGAUAAAGGUAACCAGACAGCCAGAUCCAUAUAGUACUUGCAAAACAGACGCGGACGCAGACGCAACUACUAAUAUAUUCAGCGAAUUGUUUUCUACGGGUUACACAAGAAAGGCGUGCGAGAAAAGCUGUUUCAGUUGGGCUGUCACAGAGCAUUGCAUGUGCACCGACAUCAUAUAUAAAUACCACAGCUAUGAAACGGUGUGUAAUUCAACAGACCCAGAUAUAGUUGAAUGUCAGGAAAUGGUGUCAUUAUUAAACGACAAUGGUGAGUUAUCCUGCAACGUAACAUGUGCACAGCCCUGCGAACAGAGACUAUACGAAGCGACGGUAUCGAAUGUCGUUUGGCCAAAUGAACAAUACAAGAGCGCACUGACGGAAGAACUGUUCAAGUUCAGUGACGACGUGAAACAGAAAUUAAACGACAACAACAAUUUCAUCAGCGAGAACAUGGUCAAAAUUGACAUUUAUUAUAACGAAUUAAAUUAUGAGUAUAUACAAGAGCAAAUUGCAUAUGAUAAUGGUGACGUAGUGAGCGAUCUUGGUGGACAAGUUGGACUAUGGCUGGGUGUUUCAGUUAUCACAUGCUGCGAAUUUAUAGAAUUUAUGAUCGAUGUUUGUAUUCUACUGUGGAAGAAACUGACGAAAGCAUCAAAUUUGAAGGUUACGCCAUCUAAACUCAAAGAAACGAAAGGGUUCUCUGAAGAAAAAUCGGGAAUGCCGAAGGAAUUCCAGAUGGUUAACACGACCGCGUAUGGUUACCCUGUGACACAUUGA